CACCGGUUCGGUGUCAUCUGUAAGGCACUCACUAGACAACAGCUGCGAGAUUCAAAAAGUGGAUGAAGAUCCUCGUGAAGUAUCCAAUUGCUUGUUGACGUUUUCCGUUUUCCUUCCCAUUCUAGGAGUACUUGGAGUAGGCGCAUUCAAAGAUAGUUUUUCUACGCUUUUUUUCCGAUAAACAUUUGAAACGAAAUAAAAAAUGCUUAGUUAUGAUGCGAACAAACGUGAGAAUUGAAAAUUGAAAUGAACUGAUUACAUGAAAAGCCUUUUGAAAAUGACAAUCUUCGAACAUAUGCUCGAGCAGACAACAGCGAUUGUUGUCGCCGUGUUACUGCUUUGCGGGAAUUCGGCCAUUGUGGGAACGAAGGCGUUUCAGACAGCAGCAAUCUUGCAGCCUCGCACCAUGUCAACUGUGACAGAUCCAAUGGGUUUUUGGGGCUUCGACGACUUCAAGGGCUAUKGAGUAGGAGGAGUCAUUCUUCGUAAUACUGCGAAUGUGAAUGGCGUGGAAGACAUUUUCCCGGGCCCGGAAGUCUUCUAUCCGUCUCCAGAUAUAGAACGGGGAGCAAAAAGGACGAAUUAUGAAACAGAAACUGAGAAAAAUACAGCAAAAAGGAGAAAGAAGGGCAGGAAACGGAAAGCCAUCAGGAGCAAGCUCCUGUAUCCAGCGGUACGUUUGCAAUGUUUUGUUUUCUCGUUAUAGAUGAUUCAUGGCUGGCAUACUCGUGUGGAGUAUGGAAUUAUGACUUAUUCACACUAUAUUUCUACCUUUGUCUUCGUUUCGUUCAAACAGAUUAGGCUUUUUAGGAAGCAAAGAAGAAAAGUGAAAGGAAUAUUCAUAAGUUAUCGUCGCAGCGAUAUCAAAGACGUUGAGAAAUUCUCUGCAGUCUCCGAGGUAUCCACCAUAACACCCAUAUCUACGAAGUCGACACAGGCGACUUCUUCAAUAGUACCCGAAUCUAUUAAGGUGAAACAAGAACCUUCUAUGAUCAAAGCGGAAAUCAACGAGGCGAAGCAGGAGUCUUCUUCAAUAACAACAGCAUUCACUGAGAUUAGGGAGGGGGUGUUGGACGAUAUUCCGAGGACAAACUCGAAUAUCGAAAAUACAGAAGAUUCGAAAGAUCUCACAUCACAACCGACAAUUAUCAAAGCCGCAUCCGAAAGUGUUACCGCUGUUGUCACGCAACCGAAGGGAGAUCGAUGGGCAGUCGCUUCGCCCGACGUGGAUCUGUCAGGAAAAUGGGAGCUUAUCGUUACCAACGAAUUCAAAGAGCACUACGAUAGAUACCUCGAAAGGUUGGGACAACCCAAAAUCGUACGGUCAGUCGCACUGAGUGGGCCGGUCAUCGGGCAGACGAUGGAAGAGCUCAUCCAAAUCGAUUGCGGGCGCUCACUCUUGAUUCGCGGCAAAAAUAUUCGUGGAACAUGGGACCGAACGCUGGUUGCGUCGGGAACCACAAAGUACGAAGACGAGUACACGCCCCUCAUAGAAACUAUCCGAACGGUCGACGGGGAGCAAGUAAAAUCUGAGGCCUGGUGGGAAAGCGAGGGGACCGUGCACAUCUCGUGGAUGCGGGGGGUCACCAUGUACGGCGGUGGCUCGUUUUUCAGCAGGCGAUACUUUGAGGAGAUGGAAGGCGAAACCGUAUACGUUUGUGACAGUUCUUUCGUAUUUAAUGAUCCAGACAAGGAAGAUAAUUCAUUGACAUGGAGAUUUCGGCGAAUGACCAACUAAUGAUCCUUUUUCUAAACUCUAUGAACUCACCAUACACAUUUCAAUAUCGUAUAGUAUUGCAUUGAAUGUUGAUGAGAUGACAACCAAAAAGCAGUUUUUGCGAGAGUCAUUAGCAGAAACGCUAAGACGAUGAUUAAAUGUGGUUCCAUUCUAUCAUUAUGUUUUAGAAGGAGUAGAUGAUAAUGCGCGGAACGAGCAAGGGAAAAUGCCACCAUCAUUCCUAAACAGGGCACGUUCUUGAAUCGAAUUAGGUGCAUGAAUAUUGUACCAAUUGUCGCUGCCUCUUAAUCCAUCCCAUCCCACUCUCCUUGGCCCUGUUUCAGUCGUUGCUGUCGAAAAAGUUUUACGUUGACUACUUUGCCUCUUUUUCUGUAAGACGUUUACUCGUUCCAAAUGCUCCAGCUCGCACCAACGCUGAUGUUGCGAUUCGUUUCCGAUAUCUCGAUUUCUGCACAUUCGUUCGUUCUUGGGCGGCCUCGUAGAUCGAAACCACCAUAUCCCCGCGCACCAGCAGUUGUUUCAUUUGUCGUCUUCGCACCUUCCAGUUCCCCGAUUGGUGUUGAUGUUGCUCCUGUAUUGCAGAACAUCCCUUUCCAACUCUAUAAUCAAUCGAGGAUCCCCCA